ACUGUCAUCUCCCGGAUGAGGAGUGGGUCCACCGCGUCAACUUCAUCCUCCAUCUCUGUUGACUCCCCCGGUCCAUCAUCUUCCUCUGCUUCCUCAUCCUCACUCCACCUCCCUGAAUCCGAAAAGUCGUCGCGCCCUCUCCACUAUCCCUUGGCAAGCCCGUCAGAUGAGACUGUCCGCGUCCCCCCUACUCCGGAGUUCGUUCUUGCGUUACACGACUUUCACCCUCAGCACCAGAAUGCAACAUGUCUUUCAUUUCGAGCUGGGCAAGUCAUUCACGUCCUGAAUCGGGAUUCGAGUGGAUGGUGGGAUGGUGAGAUCAACGGUCAACGAGGAUGGUUCCCCAGCAAUUACGUCAGUGCUGAUGAAAGAGUUAUCUCACUGACCGAGGAAGACCUUUCUCAAUCACCUGGACCUCGCCACGGGCAUACUAUGUCCGCCGUAUCAGCGGCUUCUUGGGCCAGUGCCCCUUCGCGUGGUUCGCGAAAGGACCACAGACCGUUGGUCACCGAAGCUCUUGGAUCCGAUAUAACAUCGUACUGUCCUCCUCUCAUGGUCAAUCUUUUGCACAGUCUAUCCCUCCUCCAGAGUGCAGUUCGUUCCAACCGCGUCGCUCAUUUUCAGCCUUCCACUGCCUGUAUCAUAUCCUGUGUGCGGUUCAUACUGUCUUCGACAGAGUGUUUACCCAGGGAAGCGCCGUUAUUAAAGCGCUUCCCCGCCCUCGCUCAGGAGCGGAAACAGAUUCUGUCCGUCCUCGCAUCCCUAGUAUCACAAGCCAAAAAGGCAUCGGAUGAGACACAGGAUGAAGAUUCACAGGAAGCCGAGAUUGAAGGGAUGCUGAAGUUAGGUGGUCAGGUCUUCUCACAAGUGCGGCGUUUUCUUGCUGUCGCUGUGCAAUGUGGCAUCGACUUGCCGGAAAGGCGUCCUCUUGUUCCUUCGGACGAAGCCAUCGCUGGUGCCCCUGGUUCACCGGGACAAGUGAGCCCUGCAUAUCGCGAUUCAGACUCUUCUGCUGCUCCACUCCUGCCUCACAGAACGGUACUAUCCCGGUCGAAGAAGGAUCAGUAUCUCGUCUAUGAGCGUAUUGCUAGCAGGCAUAAACCCGACAUGCCAUCCAUCAGCAGCAUUUCAUCUUUCUCGUCGUUUUCGUCUGUCGAGUCGUCGAAACCACCGGCAAUACCUCCCUUCCCAUCAGGACCCUCCACAUCUUCGGAGGUGAUGGAGGCUCUAAAGUCUACCCAUGAUCAGUAUCUAUCUACUAUUGCCGCCUUUAUUGGCCAUGCACACUCUCAUUCACGAUCGUCACACGCUUCCAGCACGGGACAGAUGUAUGAUCUCGUGCGAGAAGUGGUGGAGAUGGUGUGCAAGUUGCUUACUAUCGUCGAAGCUGUCAUGCGACAUCCCGAGAUCCCACCUCACAAGAUUGGGAACUUGAAAUCCGCGAAAGAGAAGCUCUACACUGUGACCAGCUCUCUUGCCGAAUCCGUGCGGUUACUCACAGUGCCCCUUCCUCCCAACCUGGCAGAGGAAUCCGAAAAGGCAUCAUUGAUACGAUCCGCUACGGCAGCGUGUAAAGCGGGUGCAGAUUGUGUUUCCGCUGUCAAAAUUUGCUUGAAUAGGGCUUCAGGAGAGAGGCAGUUUAUCGUCCAAAUACCUACAACGUCCGAUUCAGACCCUGCGCCGUUCACUCCGAGCAAAUUUUCUCGUAGAACUGGUCAGACGCCACUCCUCGGCUUCUCCGCCCCUCAAAGCCUGUAUCACAAUAGCAUCGACGAAGACGAUCUCACCAUACAGCCUCUGACACCUCCUUCUUCCACCCUUAAUGAUGCCAGCGCCCGAGACAGGUCUUCAGACACGUCCAAUAUCACGGCAACUUCUGAUUCAUCGGAUGGUUCGCAUGAUACUCAACCGACGACCCCGGAAGGUGGUCUAUUAUCUAUGAGCGAUCUCGACUUGACGAAGCCAAUGGAACAUCCUGCAUCAUCGCCUGCGCCGGUUUUUGAUGCCUGCGGACACGCGGACGAACAACAGGAUCGCCAGACUAUCGACACGUUUGAGGAGCGGUUGAUAAACGACGAGCUUCCCACACUACAAGUGAAGCGUGAUCCUCUUGGUCAUGAUCACUCCACAGACGACGUCAUCUACAACAAUGACGGUCACCUGGUGGCAGCGACAAUAGAGGCGCUGUUUGAGAGGAUGACGCCUCAUGACAGUAUCGUAGAUCCUGCGUUCUCGGCGGUCUUCUUUCUCACCUUCCGCCUUUUCUCCACUCCACUUGCACUUGUGGAGGCACUCAUCAACCGCUACAAUAUCAUGCCUCCAGCCAAUCUUUCGGAAGACGAAAUGUUGGCUUGGCAGCAGCACAAGGGCAUUCCAAUCCGCUUGCGCGUAUCCAAUUUUGUGAAGACGUGGUUGGAGAUGUACUGGCGACCUGGCGUUGACGACGUCGCUCUCUCGCACCUUUCAUCGUUCACGAAAGAAGCGCUCCUACAUUACUUCCCUGCGCCCUCCCAGCGGAUUCUCGAUUUAAUUUCCAUGCGGCAAGACUCCAACAUCAGUCUUGUGAGCCCCAAGAGUGAACGUGUCCGCGAUCCUGGCAUGUCAAUCAAUCCUCCGUCAUAUUUACCGUCCGAGAUUCCACGACCGACAAUGACGAAGGCAUUGCUGGCCACGCUUCGUGGAAAGAAUUUUGAUUCUGUUGCCAUCACUGAUUUUGAUGCUCUAGAGUUGGCGAGACAGCUGACGAUCAUGGAAUGCGACUUGUACUGUGCCAUCCAGCCCGAGGAAGUUCUUGAGACGGGACAGGAGGGUGCAAAACCCCCUGUCAACGUCAGGGCUGUUUCUUCCCUAAGCACGGUUAUCACGGGGUGGGUGGCGGAGAACAUCUUGAACGAACAUGAUAUCAAGAAGCGGACGUUACUCGUGAAAUUUUUCAUCAAGGUUGCCGAUCGAUGUACUUCAUUGCACAACUUCAGCACUCCUCGGUCCAUUCUAGCGGCUCUUGACUCCUCUACGAUAUCUCGGCUUCAUCAGACUUGGCUAGGUGUUUCACAUAAAAGUAAGAUGCAGUUGGAGUCAUUGCGUCGACUGGCGGAUCAUGGGCGGAACUACCAUCAAUACCGAAGCAGGCUUCGCAAUAUAGCACCACCAGCAGUUCCGUUCUUAGAAGGUCUUUACUUGACCGACGUGACUUUCUGUCGUGAGGGAAACCCAUCAUACCGCGACUCCCCUGCAGGGAAGAAGCUCCUUAAUUUCAACAAGUAUCACAAGCUAGCUCGGAUUGUUCAAGACAUGCAACGUUUUCAGGUGCCAUAUAAUCUUAAGAAAAUACCGGAGGUGCAGGAAUACCUGCAAAUGGCAUUUGAGAAUUCCAAGCACCACGGUGACCUUCAGGAUCUCUACAGACGAAGCCUGCUUGUCGAGCCAAAACAGCCAGCCGAUACUCCGCCACCUAGCGAUAUGCGGCAAUUGUUUAACUGGGCAACGCGUUCGCAGGCGCAAUCGCCCACACCUGCCUGAUGUUUGCUUUUCAUUCCAUGUUGGUUCGGACUCGUUCUGUCUUCCGUCCUUGAUGUAGUCCUCGUUGUUUAUUCUAUAAUCUUUUCUUAUCUCACUCUUGCAUUUCCACCAAUCCAUGCCCAUCCACAGCAUAUCGAGUCAUAUUUUUGCUGUCUGUUUUGUACUCCCACGCAUGCAUGGAAAUUUCUAGCUAAUUCGACCUUCAUUCAGCGGU